UGAGGCGCGUACGUGUUCGAGUGCCAGCUGGCUAAAGUGCCGUUGGCGAUGCGUGGGCGUGAGCUAGAGCGUGGGCGUGGCGUGGGCUGGCCUGGCUUCAACAGCAAUUGGCAAGCUGACAAAAGUGCCAAGAGCAAUGCCAACUAAUGCCAAGCGCCAAAAACCUGCUCGGAUAGUGUAAUUACUCGCAAUCUUAUCAAAAUGCCGUCGCGUGCCCCUUUUCGGCGUCUAUAAAAGCAAAGCACAUGCACACACUCACUCGGUCUCAGCAAUAUGUUCGCACUGGCAGCAACAACCACGCUUAUUGCCAUGAACAGCGCAUGCAACAUGCCGCAGCAGCAGCAACAGCAACAGCAGAUGCAACGGUUGCAACAAAUGCAGCAGCUGCAAAUGUUGCAGCAGCGCCAAUACAAGCAGCAGUUGCAGCAGCAGCGGAAAACGCAAGAGCCAAAAGCAAAUCCCAAACAAAGUGACGCCACAGUAAAUGCUCAUAAAAAGUGGUAUAAGAAAUGCUUCAAAAGACAAAAAACUACAGACCCGCAAGAAAUUCCAGAGCAUAACUAAAGAACCUGCGACUGAGGAACUAACUUAUUCCAAUAUAAAAUAUUGGCUUAAAGAAAAACUUCUUUUACAAAAAAAUAUACUAAAAG